AUUAUUCUGCCUGCUAUAGAAAACUCCAGCCAGAAGCCACGUAGCCUGAGCUUGCCUUUACCCGUGCAACAUGCAAGGCAUCUGUUUGUGCUGUUUCUUCAAGAAGGGAACGCCUUGCGAUCAGCCAGCCAACAAACGACACAGCGUUAGGCCCGGCUGGCGCUCCCUGCCACCUGUAAGUCGUGGUUAUUCUUGGUUAUGACAGCCAAUCACGUUCCCCGCUGAAACCAAGAUUUGCAAGGAACGGCCAAUCAGCGUUCCCGGAUGAAACCAAGAUUCGCAAGCAACGGCCAAUCAGCGUUCCCGGCUGAAACCAAGAUUUGCAAGCAACGGCCAAUCAGCGUUCCCGGCUGAAACCAAGAUUUGCAAGCAAUGGCCAAUCAGCGCUCCUGGCUGAAACCAAGAUUCGCAUGCAAUGACCAAUCAGCGCUCGUAUCACUAUCAUGAACCUGUCUGCUAGUAACAACCAAGAAUUGACCAAUCAACGUCAAGAGCCCCCCAGAGCUUGCGGAUUACGACCGGAGAAACAUCUUCAGAUUUGCCGAGUAAUCAAAAUAAAGUAUAACGUUACAGUUUACUACAUCUUUACUACAACUUCGUACACAAUUCACAGAGCAAUAAAGUAUAACUGUAAGUUACUACAGCUUUACUACAGCUUCGUACACAAUGGAGCCUCGCUUCAGGAGACGGGCUGAUGGCAGCCUGAAUCUUUCGGACACACUGGAAGCAGCAAAGGUGAAGGAAGCCAACAAAGGAAAGCCUUACACAAGACCCCUGUCCCCGGAGGCUGUGCUGGACAAGGCCAAGAAAAGCUUAAGUCAGCACCAUGGAGAUCCAGCUAACAGAAAGCACCUGCUGGGUUUCUUUGAAAUCCAGUUUGGUAUCUUUCGUGGGCAAACAUUCAGGUGGGUUGCAGAAAAUGCACUAGGGUAUGCUGCUUACCUGGUUGCAUCUAUGAAGAGGGACCCCACAGGAGGCAGCAAAGACUCUCAAGAACAUGCCCACAACAAGGGGAGUUUCAGGGAGUAUAUUGAGCUCUUUCCUUCUGGCAAAAUUGCCAUUGCUAUGAAGGAAGAGCAAAAUGAUGCAAAAGCUUCCAAGCACGAUGCCCCUACUCAGCAAGCUGCACCCACCCAGCACGCUGCACCCACCCAGCACGCUGCACCCACCCAGCAUGCUGCACCCACCCAGCACGCUGCACCUACCCAGCACGCUGCACCCACCCAGCACGCUGCACCUACCCAGCACGCUGCACCCACCCAGCACGCUGCCACCACCCAUGCUUCCACUGCCUCUCUACGCUCCCUCUUGGUUGGGAAGUUGCCUGACCAAAGAACCCUGACCAAGACCAUAAAAAGGAUGGUUUCCCCCAUCAAAACCACACCUUCUUUGGCCCAGGCACGUGCACGACCCUCUGCCACCCUCACCCAUCCAACUGUGUCCAUUGAGGGAGCCACAGGGCCCACAGCCACCCUCACCGACCCGACUGUGUCCAUUGAAGCCACCGCAGGGCCCUCAGCCACCCUAACCCACCCCUCUGUGUCCACUGAGAUAGAUGACAGCACACUGCUGGCAGAGGCAACUAUGUUUGAGGAGGCACAUGUGGCAUGUACGUUUAUACUUAUUUAAAACAUAUAACAAAAUAUUCAAGUUUCCUUUACAGGCAUAAUAAAGUAAAGUAAAACAAUGGGUGGGUUGCACCGACAAGGAUUAGGCCCAAACAUUUAAUCUUGUUUAAAAAUAAACAGGGUUACAUUUAAAUUAUCAUUUUGAUCCAGGUUUAAAUUUUACAUUAAACCUAGAUUAUGCAUGACAAAUCCGCUGGCACAGCAUUAUAUCACAAUAUCUGAGCUUGUUUCCUGCCACAUUGCUCCAUUAAUCAAUACAAUAGACUGUUUUAAUAGAUUGUCAAAUGUUAUUAUUUUGAAUCAACCCUUUAGAUUUCCGAUGCAUGUAGG